AUGCAACAGAACCGACAGAAUGCCGACCAACCAUCGAAAACAGAUGUUCCCGGCACCAUCGCCUCCGUGCCGAUGGUCAAGGCCCAUCUCAGCAUUCCCACGUGGUUUCUGUUGUAUGAGGAGAGGAAAGUGAUGAAGAGACCAUGCAAGAUCAACGACUAUGAAGAUAUGCAGCGGAAAAUUGCAAAGCCCAAGACCAUCAACAAGGAUAUCGUGUUUUAUGCCGAUGUCUAUCCCCAACUGGAGAAGCAGGAAGAAGAUAAUAUGGAGCCGAUGCGAUUGAAAAAUGGCUAUAUUCCAAAACCCAUCCCUGUCGAACACGAGUCGUUUGUCUAUCAUCAGAAGAAGCUGUGCAUAGAAAAAUUGGACAACGGAUUUGCACUCGCCAAGCAAUAUUUGUACCAGGUCAACUCUCGCCGUUACGAUGGCUGUGCAGGAAUUCAAGAGCGAGAAAGGAAACGCGCAAAAGAAUCUUGCAGCUACCUGGUUGCCCCAUCGUUGAGGGUGGAUCAAGGUCUUUGGGAGACGUUCUGCCGAGAUCGAAUAAAAUUCAUGUGCGAUGUGAUGCGAGGAGGGCAGAUCCAGUCGGCCGUCAAAAAGCCUCAAACUUGGAUUUUCAAAGAAGAUCUACUCGAAUGGUUGUGGGCAUUUAAAAUGGACCAUUGGAGGGCGUGGCUACUUCUAAAGCAAUGGGCUUGCAUUUCGCUCUAUGCCACCCCGAAUUCAAGCAAAGCAAAGAAGACUAUUAUUGAUACGAUACCAACAGAAUACCAGUUCCUCCUUGCGACAGAAAUCCGUGAUUUGCUGUAUGAUAUUGCCGUCGUUGAUGUCGAUCCCGAGAAAAAUGAAGAGAAAAGAAGGAAACUACAAUAUCUCUGUUAUUUGGCGAAGCACGGAUUCGAGGAAGGUGCGCUCGAUCGCCAGGAAUUUUUGACGUCGCUGUGCAAUAUUUUUACUGAAAUAUUUAUAAUGCGAAAAUACGGAAGACCUGAUACAUGGCAACAGUUUCAACUAUUUCUGAUGUUCUUCACCGGCUUCACGGAUCGGUACGCCCGAAACUAUUUGCUGGCGCGACGUGCGGCUUAUUGUAUCUGCCAAAAACUUAAAAUGAUCAAGGAGGAAUGGGAAGAUGAUGAACCCUUCACUCCUAUGUCUGAAGCCGCGCCGAAUCUCGAAGAACAAGCUCCUCAUGGAAACGGUGGCGAGGAUGGAUACUACAACCAAGACAGACGAUACUCGGAUGAAGAUAACAUUUCUUUACUGAGCAUCCCGGACAUGGAUUUCGAUGAUGCUUUUGAACUGGAAGCACUCGAGAAGGAGCCUCUGCUAUCCGUCGAAGACUCUGAACCUCCAAGACCGAUGACCCCAACACCGCCGCCUCAAAUCCUAAAGCCGUACUUCAAAACCCCGUCCUUCGAUAUCCCGGAAGCGCUUUCAAACGAAGCCCCGGGUUCGAUCGUGAAAAUGGAGCCAGAUGAUGAACAUAGUGCACAUACUCCGGUUGAAGGAAUGUCUGGCACCUCAAUUCCGGGCACUCCAGGGACUGUCGAACCGACCACAUCUACGGAUGCUGCUGACCAGGGUGGAGAAGCCGACAAAGAGAAGGAGAAGGAGGCACAAAAGCCUCGAGCGCCGAAAAUUGUCCGCCCGCCAGGCCCUUAUGACCCGCUAUUGGACUGUGGGCAGAAACGAGACGUCACUUUGUUGUUGUCACAGAUGCUCCAAUGUCUGUGCAUGGAAAUUCCGGCUGCGAUGGUUUGGAAUUGUCACAAGGUAAAACAAGAUCAUGAUCCCUAUAUGAUCCAACAACUCGUCGGUUCCCCACUCGAUCCGCUGCCCUGCAAAAUUUCGGAGCUGCCGUUGCCUCUCGACCUUCCGGAUCCUGGAAUGAUCUAUCAAAUGCUGGAAGAUCUCCAUGAUGAUAUUGUUCAGCGCUCCGAAGCUGCACGUCAAUCGUGGGCCUACAAUCAGGAGUACCAAGAAGAUCAUGCUCGACUGGCAAGCACGGCAUUGAAAAUUUUGGGGAUCCUCGACAAGGUUGACGUUCUUGAACCGCUGGCGGUUGAAAGAACUGCCGAGGAGCUGUUCCCAGCCAAGAUUUAUGACUGCGAACUAGAAGUCCAGUUGAGAUUGAAAGUGAUGGUGCAGUGGGCGAUUACCGUAGAGCGUGAAGGAACCUAUCGGUCGAUUUUUGUGGCCAAGAUGCUGGCUCAUCAAAUGGAACUACAAAACAACGAAUUCUUCCCCGGAAGGUCCUUUGAAGAUAUGUUCAUCCAAGUAUUGGAAAUCGAGGGACCGUUCCCAAGGGCGCCAAACUACCGACAAGAAUUUGGAAAUCUCAUGCUCCUCUUCCUCGAGAUGAUCAGGUUCCACGUCUUCAGCCAUGAUCGGUUUUUGAAAGAACAAAUCCGGGAAGAGCGCGUCUCAUACUUGAACCCCAUCCUCGGUCGCGUCAAGUACUGGAUGUAUUGCAACCCGAUGCACGAAAGCUACUAUCCACAGCCCGCCAAGGAGCCGGUCAAGACUGAACUUUGCCAGUUUCCAACCUCGAAACCCUGCAAAAGAAUGUUCGUGGAGGAGCCUGAUAUGGCGUUACUGGAUCGCUUGAUGAUUCAGGUCCCUCUUCCACCAAUGGAAGAAUUUUCCGCUGAACGAAAUCAGCGCGCAAUAUUCUUGUGCGGAUUGGAUGAGGAGCGCGAAAAGGCGAAAGAAUAUUUGAGAUCUGUUCUAACCCACAUUGCGAAAAUCUGGAAUCGCAAGGCAUGCGCAUUGAUACCCAAUGUUCAAGAUGGUCGCUAUUAUCAUCAGGAUUCCAUCAUCUACAAAUCGCCGCGUAGCAGCUUCGAGGAGAUCUUGGAGAAGUUCUACCAGUUGACCUAUCACGAUCAGGUGCUGGUCGCCCAAAUGAGUGCCGAGCUGUUCCUCGACCAACUCAGGGAAUUCAUCCGUUGCGAUGGCGGGGAGAUCGCUAUUCAAGAAGCUGUCGAUGUCAUCUGCUCGCUUUUCGAGACAUCCCAAUACAUCUUUGGAAUUCUCGAAUUCCUUUUAAAGAUGAUCCCUCUACUCCAGCAGGUCGAAGGUGUAGUCUACCGAUCCACGGUCGAUGUCAUCCCUGGCGCUGUGUCUUGCCAGCUGGCGAAUGUUUGCGUUGGAUAUCUUGCAAAGCAUUGGAAUUAUUUUAUCCACUGUCCCGAGGCCAGCCAGAUUAUCAAUGGCCUCUACUUCAUGAUUGAACGCGAAAUCCGGGCGCGAGACUACCCAAUAACUGGCUUUGCCCGUGCCAUCGCUGUAUUUAUCCACCAUGCGGCAGAACAGAUGAUGAAAAGUGAAAUGAUCAGUUUGGAGGAAUAUUCCGGGCGUCAUGCCGAUUUUGGCCAUAUUUUCUUCCACGGCCACGGCAUUACCAGCCACAGUGUGCGAUACGACGAAAAUUUCUUCAGCGAUCUGUUUGCGAUGGAUAAUCUAUAUGAGCAACAAUUCCUAUUCAUCAGCUACCAUGAAUACAAAAAACGGAUGCACUUGUUCGACAAUGCAAGCAACAGAUACAGCUUUGUCGUCAAUGCGAUCAAGACGGCCGUCGAGCUUGGAAUGGAGCACACAAUGCUAAAUCAUCUAGCCUGUAUGUGUGCAACGUUCACAGCGCAGAAGCCGAUAUUGGCUGAUGACUGGUUGGCAGCUGCUCGAGCUCUGUGCUGCUCCUCAGCUUCUUCCCAUCAUGGAUAUGGCGAUUUGUUGAUGUCACUUGAUAUAACGAACUGUUCGAUCCACUACCCAAUUGCCACCUUCUUCACGCUACUGGCCGCUAAAUACGCCUUCUCCGUUCCAAGGCUGAUCGCUGAGAUGUUGCACCAAGUCUACCCCGCUGCUCUGAAGAAAGAUCUAGACCGCAAUCGUGACCACGAAUCGGAACCCGGCCUCUGCUUGGCUCUCCUGCUAAUGGCCCAAUUGACUUGUGCCAAUGAUGAGCCAUUGAAAUAUUCGCGACACUACAAUGGCGACAUUGGGAAUGAUAAGCUCUACAAAAGCUCGUCCGAGACUAAUUACCUCCAUAUGAUCCAUCGAACGGAGAUGGUCACCGUCCUCUUCCCAAUGCUGGCUAAUAUCUGCAUAAUGGUCGACACAUUACGAGGCCGAUUGAAGGAUGAAAAGCUUGAGCUAAUCGAGGCCGAGAAUUCACCAUAUCGACCACAAUACCUGAUUACGAUCAUUCGUAAAAUACAAACAAUUAUUUGCGAGCAAGAAUGGGUCACUGAUACGAUGUUCAAGGUUGUCAGCUCAAAGGGAAUGGAUGCUUUCAAUUCUGAUCGGCUGAAGCAGAAUUGCCUGGGGCAACAACUUUUGCGAAUUGGUCUGCGGCGAAGCCAUGAGCGCCACGUGGUCGAGCAAUUGUCUAGUUGCAACGGAAAUUCGAAGAAGGCAUUGAUUGACAAAUUGCUGCAAACUCUCAAUUUCUGGAACUUCCGUGCCACCUACUACGAUUUGGGGCUGAUGAUCAAGGAGAUUUCACCGGAAGUUAUACCAAAGCAUGGCCCGCCACCUCCACCAGCAGCGGACGCUCUUCUAGAAGAGAUCGCCAAAUGUUGUCGCGAUCUCUUCCUGGUCAACUACAAACAAGGAAUCCCUUGCCCAGUUGCUCAGCCUGUCGAAGAAUUCCGCCUUUGCGAUCUGACCAACUUCUGGCUACUACCAUCGCUGGUGGCGUAUUGCCCGAAGCCAUCUUCAAUUUCCGCAUCGACUUCGACAAGCCGAGUGACGACGAAAUUCCUGAAGGAGGCUGCUGCAAUGAUUCAUACCGAGCCUCCGACCCACCAAAAGGGAGAAAAGCCCGAACCCGUUAAACCAGAGAUCCAGCGAGAAAAGCAUAUGCAAAGCCUUUGGCUGCUCUGCCAGCAACCUUUCAUCCAAAUGAUCGCCACUUGCCUGGAAGUUGAUGGCAAGAAGCACAAAGAGCACUUUAUUGUAGCUCUGCAUAAACAAAUGAACGAUCAACUCAAGAAAGUCCAAGAGAAUCCUUCGCUGGCUUACUCGGGAAAAUUCGAAAAUGAGCGCAAAGGAGUUCUUCUUCGGCUGCACCUCGUCGGCAAGCUGUUCAAACACAUCUGUACGCAAACCCAAGCGGAACCAUGGUCCGGCUUGCUCUUCAACCUGAUGGUUUUCCGGAUAGUGAAACCGGAUUCGGAAGUGUUCUUGUGGGAGACUGUGUACGACAUGGUUGGAAGCAUGCUGAUUUGGGGAUUGAUUGAUCCGAAGGGAAUUCAAACUCUUGGCUACGCCCCGAUGCAAGAAUGGCCCGAAAAUCGUUAUCGUUACAAAACCUACUUGAGCAUGUUCAAAGGCAUCAAGAAGAUCCUUGGAGGCCCUGUCCCAUUGAAAACAUAUCAUCAUUAUGGAAACGAGUCUCGUCGCUUCACGGAUACGGUAGUUCAAAAGCAGCUGAAUGCCUUCCUCGCCUUCCCAAAGCACAGCCUAAAUCAAACUAUGGUCGACUUCUGGGGAUUAAACCCGGGCUCUAAGAAGAUGAAAAGUGUGCCAAAUGCAUUCGUUCCAACCACUCAAGCGCAGAUCCAUACCGACAAACGAAGAGGAAAAUAUUCGACUCUGAUUGGUUCCUAUUUCGUGGCAACGAGACGUGUGCGCUCCAACAUCUACGACUACACGCCAUACUUUGUGCAUGAAACGCGCGGAUGGACCUACGAGAAAUUAGGGCAUUCCCGCUCCGACUACAUGCCUCGAUUCGUCCAGGAAUUUAUCCAAAUAAUGACCCCUCACCGCCACCAGACGGACUUUUUCCGGCCAAAUUAUAUGCCGAGCGAUUCCGACCCAACGGCUGACACAUUCCUCAACAGCCCUGCCGUCGAGAUCACUGACGAACCAAUGCCAUCGCCGACAAAGCCUGGACAAAAAGCCGCCGAAGCCAAGAAGCAACAGCAGAAGAAAGACAAAGAGAAAGAGGACCAGGAAAAGGAAAAGGAGGCCAAGGAGAAAGAGAAGCUGAUGUCACCACCAUCUGCCACCUCGGCCCAGGAGAGCCCGAAGCCCGCCGCACCGGUAGCCGAAGCACCAGAUGUCAAGCCACUGACCAAGGCCACUGGAGCUGGCCGAGGUCGUCGGAAGAGCACACAAGGCACCGGCAGAACGGGCCAAGGCCGUCAGAAGAAGACGGCGGCCGCUGUGGUCACCCCUACGACUCCCACCAAUCCGCCACCUUCGACGACGCCAAGUGCCACCGCUCAAAUCCCACCUGCCUCACAGCCAAGCGGUCCGAGUCAAUACUAUCAACAGCAACAAGCUAAUUGGCAAGCUCCUCCUGGGUAUCCGGUGACGACAACAGGCCAAAUGGGAACAAACGAAGAAACCCGAUCCCGCCUCCAGCAUAUGAUUAAGGCCAAGUCGGAAAAUGCAACAAACGCUCAAGGCUUUGGUGGUGGCUCAGGCUGUGACGGCUCGCCGAAGGAGAUAUCGGCCCUGCAGACGGCACUACUUUCACCAGACCCAUCCAGCGUGUCACCCUACGAACGGCAAACCGAAGAACGAUAUCAACGCGACGACGACUCGUCCUCGGAACCCACUAACAUUCCGGCGGCCGGCGUGCUCGCGGCUCAACAACAGCAACAGCAGAGCAUGAGCACCAGCUCCGGAUAUAGUGCGGCCCAGCAACGGACUGGCUUCCCUGAUCAUACGAGCAAUGAACGACAUCGAGAAUACUACAUGCAGCAACAACAGCAACAUGGCGCCGGUCGAUAU